AUCUCCAGGAUUGCCCACCGUCCCCCCACUCUCUCUCAUCAAUGCUCUGUCGAAGAUUGACGACGACACGAUAAUCCUCUUUCUUUCAGAUUGCUCGGUGUAAUCGUUGAUUUGUUUGACUUUGAUUUGCUCACCGCUUCUUCUUCUGCGAUCCAUAAGGUUUUCUCUGUCGAUUUCAGAAUUGAGCUGAUAAAAGUUGAAAGCUCAAAUUUUUAGACAAAAAUGGCGUUGAAUGAAAGGAGGACAAUUGAGUUAGAACAGGGUUGGGAAUUCAUGCAAAAGGGUAUUACUAAAUUAAAGAACAUUCUUGAAGGGUUGCCUGAACCGCAAUUCAGCUCAGAAGACUAUAUGAUGCUCUAUACAACUAUCUAUAAUAUGUGUACACAAAAGCCUCCCCAUGAUUACUCUCAGCAACUGUAUGACAAAUACCGUGAAGCCUUUGAAGAAUACAUUGUUUCAACUGUAUUGCCUUCACUCAGAGAGAAACAUGAUGAAUUUAUGUUGAGAGAACUUGUGAAAAGAUGGUCAAAUCAUAAAGUUAUGGUUAGGUGGUUGUCUCGAUUCUUUCAUUACCUCGAUCGCUAUUUUGUCUCUCGAAGAUCACUCCCUGCUCUCAAUGAAGUUGGACUUACCUGUUUUCGUGAUCUGGUCUACCAAGAAGUGAAUGCAAAAGUUAGAGAUGCUGUAAUAUCCUUGAUUGAUCAAGAGCGGGAAGGAGAGCAGAUAGGUCGAGCUUUGCUGAAGAAUGUUUUAGAUAUAUUUGUUGAAACUGGGUUGGGGCAAAUGGAUUAUUACGAGAAUGACUUUGAACAAGAUAUGCUUAAAGAUACAGCUGCUUAUUAUUCUAGAAAAGCUUCUAACUGGAUAUUGGAAGACUCGUUUCCAGAUUAUAUGUUGAAAGCUGAGGAGUGUUUGAAGAGGGAGAAAGAGAGAGUUUCUCAUUAUCUACAUUCGAGUAGUGACCCGAUUUUGCUGGAGAAAGUCCAACAUGAAUUAUUAUCUGUGUAUGCAACACAAUUACUAGAGAAGGAGCACUCGGGAUGUCAUGCAUUACUCCGAGAUGACAAGGUGGAGGAUCUCUCAAGGAUGUACAGGCUUUUCUCUAAAAUACCCCGAGGCUUGGACCCUAUUUCUAGCAUAUUUAAACUGCAUGUUACUACUGAAGGCAUGGCAUUGGUCAAGUUAGCAGAAGAUGCGGCAAGCAACAAGAAGGCAGAUAAGAAAGAUGUGACUGGACUUCAGGAACUGGUUUUUGUGAGGAAAAUAAUCGAGCUUCAUGACAAGUAUAUUACUUGUGUAAAUGACUGUUUUUUAAACCACAAUCUUUUCCACAAGGCGCUAAAAGAGGCUUUUGAGAUCUUCUGUAACAAGACUGUUGGUGGAAGCUCAAGCGCAGAACUUCUGGCUACGUUUUGUGAUAAUAUUUUGAAGAAAGGUGGGAGUGAAAAGUUGAGCGAUGAAGCUAUAGAAGAGACACUUGAGAAGGUGGUCAAAUUGCUUGCUUACAUUAGUGAUAAGGACCUAUUUGCUGAAUUCUACAGAAAGAAGCUUGCCCGUCGCUUGCUUUUUGACAAGAGUGCUAACGAUGAUCAUGAGAGAAGCAUCCUGACAAAGUUGAAGCAACAGUGUGGUGGUCAGUUCACAUCAAAGAUGGAAGGAAUGGUAACAGAUUUGACCCUGGCAAAGGAAAAUCAGACUAAUUUUGAGGAAUAUCAGAGUAACAACCCGGAUGCAAAUCCUGGCAUUGACUUAACUGUCACUGUCUUGACCACGGGCUUUUGGCCUAGUUACAAAUCCUUUGAUCUCAACCUUCCAGAAGAAAUGGUUAAGUGUGUUGAAGUUUUUAGAGAGUUCUAUCAAACAAAGACGAAGCACAGAAAGCUAACAUGGACAUAUUCUUUGGGUACUUGUAACAUCAUUGGAAAAUUUGACAGCAAAUCUAUCGAGCUAAUUGUGACGACAUAUCAGGCUUCUGUGUUGCUUCUGUUCAACACCUCAGACAAGCUGAGCUAUCAGGAGAUUGUGACUCAGUUGAAUUUGGGGGAUGAAGAUGUCAUUAGACUUCUUCAUUCACUUUCAUGUGCAAAGUAUAAGAUUCUUAACAAAGAGCCGAGCACAAAAGCAAUUUCUCCUACCGAUUACUUCGAGUUCAACUCUAGGUUCACUGAUAAGAUGAGAAGAAUAAAGAUUCCUCUUCCUCCUGUUGACGAGAAGAAAAAGGUAAUAGAAGAUGUUGAAAAGGACAGAAGGUAUGCUAUAGAUGCUUCAAUUGUCCGAAUUAUGAAGAGCAGGAAGGUUUUAGGUCACCAGCAGUUGGUCAUGGAGUGUGUGGAGCAGUUGGGUCGGAUGUUCAAGCCCGAUUUUAAAGCAAUAAAGAAGAGGAUUGAAGAUCUCAUUACUCGGGAUUAUUUGGAAAGAGACCAGGACAAUCCUAACCUUUAUCGAUACUUGGCUUGAUUAGACCGGAACAAGAACAACAACAGCCAAUUGCCCGAAUCAAAGUGGACAUUGGAUGAACUUAUGAUGAAUGAUGCUGCAUAGGCCAAGAAGUUGCUUGAGAAAUAGUCUGUACAGUUUAAGAGUGGUGUAAACUGUGGAGGUGACUGGUCUUUCAUUAAUGAUGUAUACUAACUAGUAAUAGUUUCUUAUUGUAAAUAAUAAAUAUUAUUGCUUUUGGAUCUUAA